UUGUUAAAACAAAGAUGCCUGCCUGUAUCUGUUUUAUCUAGAAAUGGUACGAAUAGUAAAAGUGAAAUACUAUUUCUGAUUAAAAAAAUAAUUUAUAUUUUGUAUAUCUUAAUAAAUAUUGAUAUUUUAAAUGUUAAUAGCAAAAGAGAAGUAAUAAAAAGGAAAUAAUUUUCUAUAAUUUAUCGAAAUAUGAUUUCAUGUAAUAAAGAUAUUCUCGAUUGCGUGUGUACGCUUUAUGUAAAGUGUCUGCAAUGGUGCAUCGGUUUGAUAAUGGUAAAAAUAAUGUUUACAUGAAUGAUUUAAUUAGGCACACAUGUAUAUCUAUAAUACAGUGAAUAGAAUGGGAAAACAAAACGGAUCUUGUUGGUGGUUUGUGAAAGCCGUAAAAUGGAUACCAGUUAUUUUCAUUUUGACAAUUGUCUUAUGGUCCUAUUAUGCUUAUGUAGUGCAGUUAUGUUUUUAUACUGUAGAUAAUUAUGUUCAAAAAGCUUUUUAUUUAUUUUUUUAUCAUAUCCUGUUUCUAUUAUUUUUAUGGUCUUAUUGGCAGACUGUAUUUACAGAUUUAAUAGAAGUGCCAUACAAGUUUAAAAUUCCAGAUGUAGAAAUGGAAAAAUUUCAACAAGCUGAAACGGAAGAAGCACAAAGACAAAUCUUAGAGAGAUUUGCACAAGGUCUUCCAGUCACAAAUCGCACUAUAAAAGGAGUAAUUCGUUUUUGUGAGAAAUGUCAAUUAAUUAAACCAGAUCGAGCACAUCAUUGUAGUGUAUGUAGUACAUGUGUUUUAAAAAUGGAUCAUCAUUGUCCAUGGGUGAAUAACUGUAUAGGAUUUCACAAUUAUAAAUUCUUCAUGUUGUUUUUGGCAUAUGCUCUUCUUUAUUGUAUAUUUAUUACUGCUACAUCUUUACAAUAUCUUAUACGUUUUUGGAAAGGGGAAUUAGAUGGAAUGGGUAGAUUUCAUCUACUUUUCUUAUUCUUUGUUGCAUUGAUGUUUGCAGUUAGUUUAAAUUCUCUUUUUUUUUAUCAUUGCUAUCUUGUUUUACAUAAUAGGUCUACAUUAGAGGCAUUUACACCACCUAUGUUCCGUACAGGAAAGGAUAAAGAUGGUUUUAGUCUUGGAAAGUAUAAUAAUUUCCAAGAAGUAUUUGGUGAUAAUCCUAAACUAUGGUUCCUUCCUAUUUUUACUAGUCUUGGAAAUGGUGUCACCUAUCCAGUACGUGCGCAACAUCAAGGCACAUCGAAUACUUAUGACUCCAUGGGAAGUACCCGAAACAGUUUUGGCGAUGGGAUAAACUUUCCUGAACGGCUGUGCAAUGAAGAUACACAUACUUUGUUGGGACAUACUACCCAACAAUGGGGUGAUGAGACUGAACUUGACUCUCCACCUCCUUAUGGGUCACAAUCAGCACUACUGUGAUAGGCCAUAUAAUGGAUGCCAAUCAACCAUUGGUGAAUACAACUGAAAUUGUUUGAAAUAACAUUUUAAAAUUUAUUUAUUUUUAUUAUAACAAAUAUUUUUUGUUAAAUAAUAGAAUUUGAUUUAAAAAUUUUUAUAUAAAUCCUUUGCACUUGCUAUUUUUUUUUCUUUUAAUUAAAACUCAUCUUUAAAAAAAAAUUUAAACAUAUUUUGUUGAUUUUUUACUUGCAGGUUAAAUACUUUUUAAUAAUUUUUUCUAAUUGUAAAUAUAUUUAUAUUAGUUAUUUGGUUCAUUUCCUAAUUCUUUUAUUAUAAUAAUUUGAUAUACAAAUGUAAAGGAUUUAAAUAUUUAAAUAUUUAGGUUAUAUUUAAUAUCGUAUGUUAUUUCAUAAUUCUUAUAUACAGAACUUUUAUAAUUCUCUUAUACAUAUUAUAAAAAUUAAUAACAGAAACUAGAAUAUAAUAUAAUCUAAAAAAAAUUUUCAAAACUUUAGAUAUGUGUAUGCAAUAUUAUUAUUAUUAUUGAUAUAUAUAGUUAUUAUUGAAUAUAUAUGUAAUUAUAAUUAUAAUUAAUAAUAUUAAGUUUUAUAGCUAUUAAGUUAAUAAUUCUAUUAGAAUAUAAAAAAUAGAGAAAUAAUUUGAUGAGUUCUAAAUAUUUAUAAUUAAAAUAUUGUUAUUAAUUAUAAAUAAUGAUUUUAUAAAAAAAAUGUGAAUUAAAGAUACUACAAAGUAAUAAAAUUAUUAUUGUUGUUAAAUAGAAA